AAAAAUCAGAAUAAAUGCUCUGUUUUCUUGCACCUACCCCUGUUUCUUCUUCACACCACUCUCUCUGUUUUCUAUUCCCUCAAAACUUGAAUGGCUUCUUCAACCACCACCAAGGAGAUAGACAGAGAGCUUCCACCUCUUCUGAGAGUUUACAAGGAUGGAACCGUUGAACGCUUUCUUGGCUCUUCGUAUGUGCCACCUUCACCACAAGACCCAGACACUGGAGUUUCAUCCAAAGACAUCGUCAUAUCAGAGAACCCUUUAAUCUCUGCAAGGCUUUACCUUCCAAAACUUGAAAACCAUCACCAGAAGCUUCCAAUCUUGGUCUACUUCCACGGCGGCGCGUUUUGCCUCGAAUCCGCAUUCUCCUUCCUCCACCAACGCUACCUCAACAUCAUAGCUUCACAAGCAAAGGUUCUCGUAGCUUCCAUAGAGUACAGGCUCGCACCAGAACACCCUCUUCCUGCUGCAUAUGAAGAUGGAUGGUAUGCAUUGAAUUGGAUCAGUUCCAACAAGAGCGAGCCAUGGUUGAUGAAUCAUGGAGAUUUCAACAGAUUCUACAUAGGAGGUGACACUUCGGGUGCAAACAUAGCACACUACGCAUUGCUCCGCGUUGACCAGUUACCGAACCAAGUCAAAAUCUCAGGGGCAGUGCUUGCUUUUCCAUUGUUCUGGAGUUCAAAGCCGAUUCUGAACGAACCAGUUGAAGGACAUGAAGAGAGCUCAGCAAUGCAGGUGUGGAAAUUCGUGUACCCUGAUGCACCGGGUGGUAUUGACAACCCACUGAUAAAUCCAUUGGCACCUGGUGCAGCGAGCUUGAAGGAGCUUGGGUGCCCUAAAAUUCUGAUCUUUGUUGCUGGGAAAGAUGAGCUUAGGGACAGAGGGAUUUGGUACUGUGAUGCUGUGAAGAAGAGUGGGUGGAAUGGUGACGUGGAACUUAUUGAAGUUGAAGGAGAGGAACACUGUUUUCAGAUCUAUCAUCCUCAAACUCAUAACUCCAACAACAUGAUUAGUCGCAUAGCCUCUUUCCUUGUUUGACCAAACAUGUUUCUGAUUAUUAUGAAUAAGUAUAUUGAGCAGUGGCAAUAAAUUUGGGGAACAAUUACUACAA